CUCGCAAAAUUGCAGUGUGUGCUGAGUUCUGUUUAUGGAAUCAUUGAAACAAUUGAAUGUUUGAUCAAAAGAACAUGUUCGAACAAAAGCACUAUACUUGGAUGGCGGCAACACUGGCUUCCCACAGCUGUUAUCGCCGCGAAGCAAGGUUAAACGAGGGGAAAGGGAAACAAGGCUAUGAUCUGUGUUUUUCAAGAUCAAUUUCACUUCAUACAUUCAAUACGAUUGAGAAAUCAACUUGGAGUCCUCCAAGUUCUCAACAUUUCAGUGUUCGAAAUGAAAUGCAACAGAAUUCAUCGCCCCCGAGGUUAAGAACUAAUGGAAGAGCUGUUAAGAUGGUACCUAUAAAUGAAGUAGUGAAAAAGAGAGCUGUAUCUGCCAAUAAAGUGGAGAACAUAAAUGGUAAAAAGCAAGUUAUCAACGGGACAAAUGUAGUUAAGCGCAGCCCGUCUCCGCCAUUGGUUAAGAGAACAAAUGUUACAGACUCAAAGAAGCUCCCACCAAUUGAGGGUCUUAAGGUUUUGCCCUCAGACGAGGGUUUCAGUUGGGCUAAUGAAAAUUAUAACUCUUUCCAAAGGAGUAUCGAUGUUUGGAGUUUCGUCAUUUCCUUACGGGUUCGUGUUUUCUUAGAAAAUGCAAAAUGGACGUAUGCUGGAGGCUUUGAAGAUAAGCAGAAAAAAAGAAGGAAAAAGACUGCCUCUUGGUUGCGGGAGCGUGUGCUGCAGCUCGGCCCCACUUUUAUAAAGCUUGGACAGCUCUCCUCAACAAGAUCAGAUCUGUUUCCACGUGAGUAUGUGGACGAGCUUGCUAAGUUACAGGAUAAAGUCCCUGCAUUCUCUCCAAAGAAAGCAAGAGGGUUCAUUGAGAGUGAACUGGACGCCCCCAUUGAUACAUUGUUCAAAGAAUUCGAGGACCGUCCUAUCGCUGCUGCAAGUCUUUGCCAGGUCCAUCGUGCAAUACUGCAUAACGGAGAGAGGGUGAUCGUAAAAGUUCAAAGGCCUGGUCUCAAGAAGCUCUUCGACAUUGAUCUACGGAAUUUGAAGCUAAUUGCAGAGUAUUUUCAAAGAAGUGAAACCUUUGGUGGUGCUUCAAGAGACUGGAUUGGUAUCUAUGAAGAAUGUGCUACGAUUUUGUAUCAAGAAAUUGACUACAUAAAUGAAGGCAAAAAUGCUGAUAGAUUUCGCAGGGAUUUUCGUAAUAUAAAGUGGGUUCGAGUACCUCUCGUCUUUUGGGACUACACAGCUUUGAAGGUUUUGACUUUAGAGUAUGUACCAGGGGUUAAGAUAAACCAGCUGAAGGUUCUAGAUUCACGUGGCUUUAAUCGCUCUCGAAUUUCAUCACAUGCCAUUGAAGCUUACUUAAUUCAGAUAUUGAAGACUGGUUUCUUUCAUGCUGAUCCUCAUCCGGGAAAUCUUGCUAUUGAUGUGGAUGAAGCAAUCAUAUAUUAUGAUUUUGGUAUGAUGGGGGAAAUCAAAUCCUUCACUAGAGAGCGGCUGCUUGACCUGUUCUAUGCGGUUUAUGAGAAAGAUGCAAAAAAGGUUAUGCAAAGGCUCAUUGAUCUCGAAGCACUUCAGCCGACAGGAGACAUGUCAUCGGUGAGGAGAUCCAUUCAAUUCUUCUUGGACAACCUAUUGAGCCAGUCACCAGACCAACAGCAGACUCUAGCAGCAAUCGGCGAGGAUUUAUUUGCAAUAGCUCAAGAUCAACCUUUUCGAUUCCCUUCCACCUUUACCUUUGUCUUGAGGGCAUUUUCUACCCUUGAAGGUAUAGGCUACAUGCUCGACCCAGAUUUUUCGUUCGUGAAGAUCGCUGCACCAUAUGCACAGGAGCUUUUAGAGUUAAAAAAGGAGCGAAGCGGAACACAACUUGUGCAGGAGAUAAGAAAACAAGCCAAUGAUGCAAGAACAUCCACCAUUUCCAUGCCAUACAGAGUCCAAAAAAUAGAGGAAUUCGUACAACAGCUCGAGUCGGGGGACUUAAAGCUUCGAGUCCGAGUGCUAGAGUCUGAAAGAGCAGCAAGGAAAGCAACAAUACUUCAGAUGACAACGAUGUACACCGUGAUGGGCGGUACCCUUUUGAACCUCGGUAUCACCCUGAUCUCUCAAGGCAACCAAGCUGUUGCGGGUGGAUCGUUCAUCGGAGCAGGAGUUUUUAUGGUGCUCAUUGUUCGAGGUAUGCGAAGAGUUAAAUGGCUUGACAAAUUAGAGAAAAUGAUCUGAGUUUUGACCCUCGAAACGUCGUCAACUUUUUCGUAUAUAUUCAAUAACCAUUCAUUAGAAACUCUGCUACACAAUCCAAGAAGCACGCAAGUAUAGAAGUCUUUUUUCUCUAUUUAUUUGUUAGAGCAAAAGCUUAUUUGAAUGACAGAAAAACAAGGCAGUUUAGAGAAGAAGCUGCUGGUGUAUACCUGGUUUAGUCCUUAGAACAAUGACCUUCAUUAUAAAUGAAUUGUAUUCUUUACAGUAUAUUUGAUCCGAUCCAGGA